AUGAAUGAUCAAGAUGAUAAUACAUCUCAUUCAUCAAUUAUUUGUAAACAAUGCUCAAAAUCGAGACGAUAUAUUAUUAUUAUUUUGAUUAUUAUUAUAAUAUUAUUCAUAGCAGGCAUAAUAUUGAUUACACUCGCUAGUAUAAAACCAUGUUUCUUCCUGAAAUGUCAUCCAAGAGCGUCAGGCUGUAUUAAUCGUUCACCAUUCAAAGGACAAUGCAUUUGUGAUUCUUAUACAGCUGGUAAUGGUCGAGCAGUCUGUGAUGAAUGUGGAAUAACAUAUGUUCAACCAAAUGCUCGUAUUAUUGGUGGAAUAGAUACGAAUGAACAUAGCUGGCCAUUUGCUGUUCUUAUUCAACAAAAAUAUAAACGAACAAUAAUGCUAAAUGAUAAUGCUUAUUUAAUUUCAACAUCAUGGAUGUGUGGAGGAACACUGAUUAAUCAUAGAACAAUUUUAACUGCGGCACAUUGUGUGAAAAAAGCCGGUGAUACAUUCGAUUAUCGAACAUUUGUAUUUCCUAUUGUAUGGAAUCAAUAUUAUUCAAAUAUUGAGAGUACAUUAGAAGUUAGUGUGAGUCUACAUGAUCGACGACAAGAAGUUGAACGACGUAUUGUAAAAGUUCUUCAAGUUAUUGUACAUCCUUCGUAUAAUAAAAGACAUCUAUUGAAUGAUAUUGCAAUACUUAAACUUGAAGAUUAUCUUCAACCAUCAGCUACUAUUCAAUUUGCUUGUUUACCUCAUUCAUUACUUGAAGUAAAUACAACAGGUAUGGUUGUUGGUUUUGGUGAUACUUAUCCAGGAGCUAAUCAAGGCUCAUUGAUUCUCAAACAAGUUAACUUAACAAUAUAUCCAAAUGAUUUUUGUACAAAUGUUUCACCAUCAACAAUAAAAAAUUGGGAUACACAAAUAUGUUGUGGUGAUUUAAAUGGAGAACGUGAUACAUGUCAAGGUGAUAGUGGUGGUGGUUUAUAUAUUCGACAAAAUUUAUCAAAUAUAUUUCAUUAUACUGUUAAUGGUAUUGUUUCUUAUGGUGAACAAUGUGCUAGUCCAAUGAAACCGGGAAUUUAUACACGAAUAUCAAAUUAUAUUGAUUGGAUUCAAGAAAAUAGUGAUUUUGAUCUAGUAGAAAUUUAG